AUGGAGCCCAAGCAGGAUUAUCAGCAGCAGCAGCCUGUGCCAAUGCAGCCCAUGCACACGUCUUCUCAGCAAAUGGUUCCUCAACAACCACAACAGCAGCAUGCGCAGACACAGCAGACACAGAAUGCGAACGCGAAUCUUGACCCUCGCGGAUCAGACUGGCAGAUUGGCCUGUUUGACUGCUUUAGCGAUAUGGAGGCCUGUCUGAUUGCCUACUUUUUGCCAUGCAUGCUCCACGGCAAGACCAUGGACCGUAUGCGCGACCCGUCCCUCCAGUCUCACGAUCCCCUCAACAAUGAGUGCAUGAUCUGGGGAGGAAUCCAGUGCUUCACCUGCUGUGGAUGGCUCUACAACAUGGUCAAACGAACCGAAAUCCGCGAGAAAUACGGCAUCCAAGGCUCCGGCGGCUCCGACUGCUGCACCUCCUACUGCUGCCUCUGCUGCGCCCUCGUCCAGCAAGAUCGUGAAGUCGCCCUCCGAGCAGGCCACUACGCCCCCGUCACCCAGGGAUACCAGGCUCAAACCCACGGCAUGCAGAUGCCUGCUCCUGUCCACGCUGCCCAGCCUCAUCCUCAGCACCAGCAGUCCUUCCAUGGCCAGAGUCCUCCUCCUCAGCAGGCUUACCAGCAGAGCCCGCCUCCCCAGCAGGUCUAUCAGCAGACUCCGCCGCCUCAGCAGCAGCAGCAGUACCAGCAGCCGAUGCAGAGUGGUAUUCAGAGCGCGCAUGAGCAGGGUAUGCCUACUUAUCCUCAUGAGGGGCAGUAUGGACAGAAGCAGUAG